AUGGAGCGCGACGAUAAACUUACGAAGGUAAAAAAAGAGGCCAGCACGAGCAUCCAGCGCUGGGAUAAUGAAGUCUCGGCGUGUAGCAGCAAGCCAAAGGGAAAAGAUGGUGAUUUGAUUCUUGUGAUGGAACCACAGAAUCCUUCACCAACGAAAUACUUCGACAACAAUGGCAUACCGCUACGAAAGGCUGUGGAGCAGGGCGAACUGAUGCAGGAUGAAGACUGCCCCGACGAUAAAUCAAAUGAGCAGGAAGAAAAGAGUACCAAGAAAAAAACACACAUUAUCACGAUCAAUUGUUGCAAUUGUGAGAAAAAAUUUGUGUCUCGGUCGGCCUACGAAACGCAUUACCGUACGAACUACCAGCAGGAACCUAUUUACGGUUGUCCGGUGUGCGGCAAACAGAUCGAACAGUACCGAGCAUAUCAGCUCCACAGUUACUGGCACAUCAACAGUGCCAGAUACCGGUUCCCGUGCCAAGAGUGCUCGAAAACGUUUCACCAGAAGUCGGACCUGGCGAGACAUCAGCUAACGCACGUUGCGAGUCCUGCUAGCGUUGGAGGCGAACUUCUUGGGGAGGAUGGUAAAGGGCAUAUUAAGGUUUCGGUUUGCAGCCGAUGUAAUGAAUCUUUCGAAACGCAGUCUAAACUUAAAGUCCAUAUGCGUAAAGUGCAUCCCGUUCCGAAACAGCUUGUGGAGUGUCCUGAUUGUGGAAAAUAUCUCUCCUCCGGCAGCAUUUACUCGCAUCGUAAGAUACACUCGGACAAUCCGAAGUUCGCGUGCGGCGAGUGUGGACGAACUUUUGUGCAAAAGAUUAAUUUGAUACAGCACUGCAAAACGCACAUCGGGCUGCGACCGUACCAAUGUGGUCAGUGCGACAAAUCGUUCUGCGAAAAGGCACACCUCCAGCGACACCUGAACUACCAUUCCGACGAGCGACCCUAUCGGUGUGACUCGUGUGGCAAAUGCUACAAAACGGAACGCUGCUUAAAGGUGCACUCCGCGGUGCAUACCACCGAGCGGCCCUUCGUUUGCAGUGAGUGUAACAAGGGAUUUCUGAGUAGUUCGAAGCUCCGCCAACAUAGUAACAUCCAUUCGGGACUGAGGCCGUACAAGUGCAAGUACUGCACGCGAGAUUUUACGAAUUUUCCCAACUGGUUAAAGCACAUCCGGCGCCGGCAUAAGGUAGAUCACCGCACGGGCGAGAAGCUGGACAGUGUGCCAAAGUUUAUGACGAAAAAGAAAGACGCACCAGCUGAGCGGGGAAACGAGUCCACUAAAGUGUCGACGGCAAAACCUAGAAAACGCGCUUCGAAAGCGAUAUCAUCAUCGGCGCCCGAGAUACUUAAGGAAGAAUCCUUACCGUACGUGAGCGAAAGCUCCAACAUUGAUCUCAACUUAGUUUGUAAGGACGAUUUGAUUCAACCACUCGCGGGAGAAAUAGAAGACAUUUUCAAAUGCUUACCGUCGGAUGAAUCGAAGCUCAGCAUCAUCGACCCGUUGGGCGUUCAGUUGGUGAAUGAUAGCGACGUAGCUCUGUUUCCGAACGAUCUGCUGCUUUCGGAGCUGGAAUGUGAUGUUAGUGAUAAGAACCUAAUCACCGCACACAAGCAACAAGCGAAAUCUACCGAUCUCUGCAAAAGUGAAAAUCCCUCCAGCACAAUGUUAAGAAGCUUUACGUCGGAGACUCUCGCGGGGCCAUUGCUGUACGACGCGCAGUUGCCCAUAUUUUCCACCAUGAUCUCUAUUUGCGGUGGUGAGCAACACUUUCAAUUGAUCAAUCCACACUGUAUACACCCUGGACGGUCCACCGAUAUUACAAAAUUUUCAAACGAAUCGUUAGCUUCAGUCCCUGUAUCGGUGAGCGAGCGAAAGGAACUGUUGAAACAGUGA